GACAGGUACUGUAGAUGCAGCUCUGCGACAUUAACAGCAAAUGACUGACCAGCUCCAGUCCACAGCGCGGCGCCCAAACCGAGGUUAUCAUGUUUUCAUCAGUCUGAGGAAAAGCAGAGAGCGGAAACAACAAACAGUCAAGCCUCCAGCUUCUUAUAUAUUAUCACACUUUUACGCACUGUUCAUUUCAGCCGUUUAGAAUGUGCGCGGGCUGUGUGCAGAAACAGUAUCCGGACAGGGGCAACACCUGCCUAGACAAUGGCUCAUAUCUCAUGAACUUCCUGGGCUGUGCCAACUGUCAAAAGCGGGACUUUGUGCUGAUCAGCAACAAGACCAUAGCGGAUGAAGAUGAGGAGGAAAUCGUCACUUACCUCCACAAGUGCAAGAAUUGUGAUCAUGUCAUCGCAAGACACGAGUACACAUUCACAGUGGUGGACGACUAUCAGGAAUACACAAUGCUGUGUAUGCUGUGUGGCAAGGCUGAGGAUUCCAUCAGUGUAAUGCCGGAUGAUCCCAGACAAUCCGCCCCACUGUUUUAGGUCACUAUGCACAAAAAAGAGAGAGCCUUUUCUGGGGAAGCUUCAUAUAUGCAGGAUUCAUUUCUUCCGCAAUCGGUUUUGGACAAGACCACCAUAUCCAUUUAAAUGACCAAGUUAACUUUAAAUAUUUUACUGCGCUUACAGUAGGCCUCUAUUGUUGGUGACUUUCUUUCCUUUAUGAAAAUGGUUUGCUGAGAACAGUAUAUGUAUAGUGUAUAUAAUCAACUACCAGACAUUAACAUGUGGUAUUUGCCCAUCCCAUUUCUUUCAGACUUAUGAAAUAACAAAACUGUAAUAUACUGAAGGCAGUGUAAAUAAAAUAGAAUAUGUAUGUUUGAGACACAUACAGUGUAUAAGAAUACAUACUUCAGUCAUUGUUUCAGUAUUUCUGAUUGCUGUUUGGAUACCCAGUUGUGGCUUCCUUCCUAUUUCAUUGUAUUUCUAGUAUAAAUGGAAAAAAGACUAAAUCCUUUUGUAUGCUUUGUGUAACUAAAAUAAACUGUAUCAUGAAACAGUU